AUGAUUGUCCCAGUGAGAUGUUUUUCGUGCGGAAAAGUCGUGGGCGACAAAUGGGAAGCGUAUUUGAACAUGCUACAAGAAGAAGAGCUAGACGAGGGAACAGCACUUUCUAGAUUAGGACUCAAGAGAUACUGUUGCAGACGUAUGAUCUUGACGCAUGUGGAUUUGAUCGAGAAGUUCUUGAGAUACAAUCCGCUCGAGAAGCGCGAUUAG